GCAUAUCCAGAAUAUAGAGUAGUGGUCGGAGACAGAGUACAACUUCCCUGUAAUAUAAGUAUUCCUUCAAAAGACGAUGUGGUCACAUUGAUUCUGUGGUAUAGGGGCGACACUACUGGCGGUCCCAUAUAUUCAGUGGACGCCCGACAACAGAUGCCUAAUAAACAAAGUCAACACUCUAUGAGCGAUGAGCUGACCAAUCGGGCGACGCUUAAUAUUACGGUCAGACCAGCGAUACUGACCAUAGAUCCGGUUCGGGCCGAGGAUGAGGGCGAGUAUAGGUGUCGAGUGGACUUCCGUUGGGGCCGAACCAUGAAUACUGUUGUUAGCCUUAUUGUAAUCGUGCCGCCUCGAAAAGUGAUCAUUAAGAAUGAAAAACUGGUGCCAUUAGAGGACGAGUUGGCCGGACCUUAUCAGGAGGGCAGCGAUGUUAGGCUUACGUGCGAAGCCAAAGGUGCCCGACCGCCAGCGCGGGUCAAAUGGUAUCGCAAUAAGCAGAUGAUGGAUGACUCCUAUGAGAUCAUUCAAGAGGGGACGCGAGUCCGCAACGAUCUCACCAUUAAUAAAGUCACCAGAAAUGACUUAUUCGCUGUCUAUCGCUGUCAAGCCUUCAACACCAACCAUACGGUUCCCAUUGAGGCCAAAGUUGUAUUAGAUAUCACUCUUCGACCAACAAAUGUGCAAAUCAUAGCAAACAACGAGCCAUUAAUAUCGGGCAGAAAGACGGAUGUGAUGUGUGUGUCGAGUGGAUCGCGACCUAUGGCUCGCAUCACGUGGUAUAUGCAUAAGAAGAAAGUACCGGAAUCG